AUGUCAAAGAUGCUACUUCCGGUAGCCGCAGUAUUCUCCCUGCUAGCCCCCACCGCGCUCUCCCUAUGCCCACCACCAGGUGCAAUUCUCCCACCACCAUCACUCGCCCCCCAUGUCUCCAACUUCAGCAUACCGGAUGCUGUUUUCCAAAACUUCAGUUUCAUACAAAACACUUCGUUCGCGAUCCAGGCUUCUAUCGGCAACGCGACGGUCUUCCAAUAUGAGCAUACAGCCCCUGUCCGUGAAGUCAAUCAGUCGCUCUUCGACACCAAGUUCCGCAUAGCUAGCGCAACCAAGCUGAUCACGGCACUUGCUCUGGAGUUGAGUAAAGACAAGAUCAGCUUGGAUGACCCGAUUACAAAGUUCAUUCCUGGUCUGAACGAAGAAUACUACGGAGAUGUAACGAUCAAGUCCCUAACCGAUCACACUUCCGGUCUCGGUCGCUUCGGCUACACAACAGAUAUAGCAUUCGGCCAAAACGCAACCGCACUCGGCCUCCCACUACUCAACAACACCCUCCCAGGCUGCGACCCCAUCCCCGGCGGCCGAACGUGCACGCCCCAAGAACUCCUCGACGAGUUCAACAACCCAUUCUACGCCCCACAUUCCCCCUCCUCCCGCGCAAUGUACAGCAACAUCGGGUACAUCCUCCUCGGCAAAGCCCUCUCAGCAGCCCACAACACCACCUACGAAGACGUGAUCCAAAAGCUCCUCCUCGACCCCGUCGGCAUGACAAACUCCUCCUUCUCCGUUCCCUCAGACGACGGAACCGCCAUCCUACCCCGCCGCCCUGAAGAUGCCUCAUGGUUCGUAGCCCCCUUCGGCAACCUGAACCCAACAGGCGGUUUGUGGUCCACACCCAACGACCUGCUCACCCUGCUUCACGCGCUCAAGAACGGGGAGCUGCUCAGCAAAGUAGCAUUGAGGAAGUGGAUGCAGCCCACCACCUUCCUCCGGUCUCUCCACCAAUACGUCGGUGUAGCAUGGGAAAUCUUCCGUAUCGACGACCUUCCGCUCGAGUUUCCGCGCGCGAUCGAUGUGUAUACAAAAUCGGGUGGUGUACCGGGGUAUGGAAGCUAUCUUGUGUUGAUCCCGGAAUACGAUAUCAGUAUCACGAUUAAUGCGGCAGGGGGCGAGACGAGUUAUUCGAGUGUGGAGCUGCUGGAUACAGUUGUUACGGCUUUGGUCCCGUGGGCGGAUAAACUAGCACGUCAGCAGGCGAAGGCGAAGUACGCAGGAAUGUAUGUGCUUGAGACGGCGUCUUCGAACGACACGCUCGUUUUGUCUUCGACGGCGGGUCCGGGUUUGGCUAUCGAGGCGCUGAGCGUCAAUGGCGUUGAUGUUAUCGCUGCGUUGGCUAUGAAGCAGAACGUCCCGCUGGACAACUUUAGCGCGAGGCUGUACCCCACUGAUCCAGAUUCUCUGGGUUCGCAGAACGAGAAUUGGAGGAUGCUGCCUGAUCAAAUCAGCCCGGCGAAGAAGCUGUGGGCGGGGCUGGAGUGCAUGAGUUGGAAUAAUGGGGAUUGGGCGAGGUAUGUGGGGGAUCCGCUUGAUACGUUUGUGUUUCAUGUGGAUGGCGAGAGUGGGAAGGUUGGGAGUGUGGAGUUGCUUGGUUGGAGGGUGAAUUUGGUGAAGGUGGAUUGA